AGCGCCACCCGGUUAGUUCCUCAAAAUCUUUCCAUCCGCUAUUUUAUGAUGUUGGAGCUUCUCUGAGCAUCUAAAACGCAUGACAGCUCUUUAUUAAACAAACAAAUGCGCCUGAAGUGAGUGGACUUCUGUAGAUCAACGGUAAAAGCGGUCGAAAAGGCGCAAAUAUGUCGGCCAGCGCAGUUUAUGUGUUAGAUCUGAAGGGGAAGGUGCUGAUCUGCCGUAAUUACCGCGGUGAUGUGGACAUGUCCGAGAUCGAGCACUUCAUGACCCUGCUGAUGGAUAAAGAGGAGGAGGGAAUGCUGUCGCCCAUCCUGGCUCACGGGGGAGUUCGCUUCAUGUGGAUCAAACACAAUAACCUGUACCUUGUUGCAACAUCCAAAAAGAAUGCUUGCGUCUCCUUGGUUUUCUCCUUCCUCUACAAAAUUGUUCAGGUUUUCUCUGAAUACUUUAAGGAGUUGGAGGAGGAGAGCAUCAGAGAUAACUUUGUCAUAAUCUACGAGCUGCUGGAUGAACUCAUGGACUUUGGAUACCCACAAACAACUGACAGCAAGAUCCUCCAGGAAUACAUCACGCAGGAAGGUCACAAGCUGGACACGGGCGCUCCUCGGCCCCCUGCUACGGUCACCAAUGCCGUCUCCUGGAGGUCAGAGGGCAUCAAGUACAGGAAGAACGAGGUUUUCCUGGACGUCAUCGAGUCUGUCAACCUCCUGGUCAGCGCGAACGGUAACGUCCUUCGCAGCGAGAUCGUGGGCUCCAUUAAGAUGAGAGUGUUCCUCUCAGGAAUGCCAGAGCUGCGUUUGGGUCUGAAUGACAAGGUUCUGUUUGAGAACACCGGCCGUGGUAAGAGUAAGUCUGUGGAGCUGGAGGAUGUGAAGUUUCAUCAGUGUGUGCGUCUGUCUCGAUUUGAGAACGAUCGCACGAUCUCCUUCAUCCCUCCAGACGGAGAGUUUGAGCUGAUGUCCUACCGCCUCAACACACACGUGAAGCCUCUGAUCUGGAUCGAGUCUGUGAUCGAGAAGCAUUCACACAGCAGAAUCGAGUACAUGAUCAAAGCCAAGUCUCAGUUUAAGCGACGCUCGACUGCCAACAACGUGGAGAUCCACAUCCCAGUCCCGACGGACGCAGACUCGCCCAAGUUUAAGACUACGGUGGGGAGCGUUAAGUGGGUGCCUGAGAACAGCGAGAUCGUUUGGUCCAUCAAAUCUUUCCCUGGAGGGAAGGAGUACCUGAUGAGGGCUCAUUUCGGGCUGCCCAGCGUUGAGGCGGAGGACAAGGAGGGAAAACCACCAAUCAGUGUCAAGUUUGAGAUUCCAUACUUCACCACCUCUGGAAUACAGGUGCGUUACCUAAAGAUCAUUGAGAAGAGCGGCUAUCAGGCCCUGCCGUGGGUGCGAUACAUCACCCAGAACGGAGACUAUCAGCUGCGGACUCAGUAAACGUGAAGAAUUAGCCACGAGCAUCAUGGGUCUCUCAUUCUGCUGAGCUCCACACUCAUCUGCAGUAUUCAUCAUUUCAAUCAAAUACAUGUCAGGUCUUAGAUUCAUGAACAUCAAUUGAAUCUUUAAUACCGUGUUGAU